AUGAGCCUAUGGGAUAAUUCAAUGAAACUUUUACAAGUUCAAGUAUUCUUUCGUCAUGGUGCAAGAACACCUUUAUUUCAUGUUAAAUCAUCUAUUUUCCCUGAAGCUAUAUGGUCUCCAGAACUAUCUACAGAUUUACCACAUACAUUAUUUCCUUAUCGUUUAAUUGAUAUAUCUACUCAGAAACAAACUCAAUUAUCAUCUGAUUAUUUAGAUAAAUUAUUUGUAUUACCUGGUGGUAAUAAAGUUGGUGAAUUAACUAAAACUGGUCAACAAGAUGCAUAUAAUUUAGGUAUACGUUUAAAAAAACAAUAUCAAGACAAUUAUAAUUUUAUUUCAUAUCAAUUUCAACCAUCACAAUUUCAUUUAAGAACUACUUUCAUUGCUAGAACUAUUAAAUCAUUACGUUGUGUUAUGGCUGGUUUAUAUGGUGAUAAUAUAUCAUUAACUGAACCUGUUAAUUUUCAAUGUGAUCAAUUAAAUAAUGAAAUACUUUUCCCAAAUCCACAUACAUGUCAAUUACUUACACAAUUAUUCAAUGAUGGUAUUAUUGAAUGUAAUGAAUCAAAAACAUUUCAAGAAAUGAAACAAAAAUUAAAAAAUAUUUUAGGUGUUGACAAACUAUUGGAUUGUGUUGAACAACGAUCUACAGAUUAUGAUUGUCCAAUUUAUUUUGUAAGAGAUGAUUAUUUAGCUCGUAAGUAUGCCGGUUUCUCUAUACCAGCUGAAUUGGAAAAAUUAUUACCAGAAAUGCAUAAAUUAUGCUCAGAAGAAUUAUUGCAUGAAUUUCUAGGCAAACAAAAAGAUUGGAAGAAAAAUGUUCAUAUUGUAUUAAGUGACCUAUUUUCACUUAUAUUAGAGAAUAUGAUAAAUUAUCAAAAAGUACCACAAUUUCAUUUAUAUUCAUGUCAUGAUUCAUCAAUUAUGUUAUUAUUAUUUGGUUUAAAUGUAUUCGAUGGUUGUUGGCCACCAUUUGCUGCUGAUAUUAUAUUUGAAUUAUAUACAACAGCAUCAACAUCAUCACCGUCAUCGCCAUCAUCAUCAUCAUCAACCAAUUUAUCCAUUAUGAAAUCUAAUACAUUACAUUCAGAUAAUAUUUCAUUAACAAAUGAUAAUCUAAAUGAUUUAUGGUUUCGUUUAAUUUAUCUUGGUAAACCAUUAUCAUUAAAAAUAUUAUGGGAUUUAUCAUAUUCUAAUCAUGAUCAUGAUCUCGAUCAUUAUCAAUUAUCUGAUUAUACAAUGAUACCAUUCAAAGUAUUAUAUGAAUAUAUUAAUAAAGCUAAAAAAUUAUAA